UUUCAGGGACUAGCUUGUUACACUCCUAAAUUCCUAUGGGAUAUUUGGGAAGGUGGACUUAUGAAAACCUUAGUUAUGGGAUUGCAUAUAGGCAUCUGCCAUGAAAAAGAAAAGAAGACGAAGAAAAAAAUUUUAAUCGAAUAUUUAAUGCAGCAUUUAAAGAAUCACAACUUAUACGCGUUGAGAUAUUGGGCUUGUGAAUGUCUAUGCCUGAUCAACAUCAUAUUUCAACUUUAUCUAAUGAAUAAGUUCUUCGACGGGGAGUUUCUGGCAUAUGGUUGGAAAGUAAUGAAUUUCUCCGAAGUGGCUCAGGAAGAACGCGUGGACCCUAUGGUUUACAUCUUCCCGAGGGUUACAAAGUGCAUAUUCCAUAAAUACGGUUCUUCAGGGAGCAUACAAAAACACGAUAGUUUAUGCAUAUUACCACUUAAUAUCGUUAAUGAAAAAACUUAUAUUUUUAUCUGGUUUUGGUUCAUGCUUCUGGCCACAUUAUUGGCAUUUCUUGUUAUCUACAGGAUACUGAUUAUCAUAAUGCCAAAAAUCAGACCGAGACUGAUGAAUGCUAAAAAUAAGACUAUACCAAUAGAUGUUUGUGAAGCAAUCUCUAAAAAAAUUGAUAUCGGAGACUGGUGGGUCCUUUUUAUGUUAGGAACUAACAUGGACCCGAUUAUUUACAAGGAAAUUGUAUCUGAACUAGCAAAAAAAAUUGAAACAAAUAGUAGCAAUCACUAAAAAAAUCACAGUGGUAGAUGUUUUAGAAAUGUAGUUACAUGAAUGUUUUGCGAAUUUUGAGUUUUUUUUAAUAUACGAUAUUUUUUUCUAGAUAUGGAUUUUUCGUAUCGAUGAUUCUAACUUUAUACACUCUCAGUUGAAUGCAUGUUUACCUUAGUUAUGUAGUACUUUCAAAUACCUUUUGAUCUUGUGAUAUUGAUGUCUUUAUUUAUAAUAUAUUUUAUAUUUUAAGCGUCAUAGUAACUCGUACAAACCAAUAUCUGCUUCUUAUCAACGAAAAUUUUGUAUUAAAAAGACACUGCCAGAAUAUUUUUUGUUCACGUAUAGGUAUGUUUUAGUGUUUUCUUUUUGCAUCAAAACUA